AUGGUUGACCCCGAGGAACGGUACCUGGUCCUUCUAUUCUAUUCCGGCUCAAGACGCCCCUUCAAGAUUUUCUCAUUCAUCCUGAAUCCUCUGGCCCCUUACAUCCAUGCAGAUCCCGAUUUUAACAACGAGGAUUCCUGCGACGAAAUCCCGAUGAACUUCACCGAACUUGUCCACGGUGGGCAGCGCACGGUCGCCGAGCUGAAUACGCCGAUUGGGAAAUGCCUUCUCCUCUACAAGGAUCCACACGUUGGAAGAGAGUUCCAGUUUGAAUAUAUCCGGUCACAACGGACUGUACUUCAAGCAGGAGUGGGCAACGGACAUUCAGUGACCAUGCUGCUAGACUGGAAGGAAGUAAUAGCCAGUCAAUCGACUAUAACGGGUGGAUUCGCAGCAUUCCUCGUCCCAGACUAUGACUUUGACACUCCGGAGGAGGUGGACCUCACCUCAGCGGAAUGCGCUCUCAUACCUGAACUUGAAGUUUCAAGCAAAGGGACCGUAACACACCCAUUUGGCAAGGUGGUGGGUCACAGUCUGCACCAGCGGAAUCGUGGCGAGUGCGGCAGAAGGGAAUUGCUGAUUCUGAACCCACCGAACACUAAUGACUUCGGCAAGCGUCAUGUCUUCCAAAGGACUGGAGUAGGAAAGGUGCUCAAACGAGUUUGGGGUGGGUCGCCUGACCACCACCGUAGGACCCGGAAAGUCGCCGCAGAAUCAAGGAAGUAUGAGAUCGGGGUCGGGGCAGGGGUUUUGGCCGCUGGUCCCGAGAAUGGGCCCGAGGAGGAGGACGAAAAGGGAGAGGAAGUCCAGGGAUCCGGGCAUCUCCAAACUUAUCUGAAUAAAAAAUCUUACAAGCCGACUCAGGAAGCAUUGCGAAAGAAGUUCAACAUUCGCGUGGUGCCAGCCAAGUCAGCAAUCUGGAAGCUGGUGAAUCGAUUUCGUGACACAGGAAGCGUUCUCGAUAGACCUCGCAGCGGGAGACCAGUGGAUCGAAUGGAAGAAAUACAGGUACCUCCCGCGUUCAAAGAGAAGGCAGGCGGUCAAAGAAAGAUGAAGUACGUCGCUUGUAGGAUGCUCAGGGGAAUCACGAUCACCGUGUCCGCGGCCCUGGCCUUCCAGCCAGUGAGAUACUCCAAACCUCAAAGGCAUCUGUGA